AUGCCCAAUGUCAAGAUCGUCUCGCAGGCCGAGUAUCUCCCACUCCGGCUGUCCCUCCUCGCGGCUGAAAAGGAAAACACCAGGGCCCGCGACCAGCUUGCGCGCCAACGCCGGGCUCUCCCCGUAGUGGAAGUGACGGCCCCAUACACCUUCACCAACGAGGACGGCAAGGAAGUCAGCCUGUUGGACCUGUUCGACGGCCGCGCCCAGCUCAUCAUCUACCACCUGAUGUUCAGCCCGGACUGGGACGCCGCGUGCGCCAGCUGCUCCUUGCUGGGCGACUCGGUCCCAGACCUGCGGCACCUGCACGGGCACUCGACCACGUUCGUGGCCGUGAGCCGCGCCCCGAUCGACAAGAUCCGGGCGUACAAGAAGCGCAUGGGCUGGUCGUUCCCCUGGGUGUCGUCCUCCGGGUCGAGCUUCAACUACGACUUUGGCGCCACGCAGGACGAAUCCGUCAAGCCCAUCGAGUACAACUUCAAAUCCAAGCAAGAGAUGGAGAAGCGCGGUCUCGCCCACUUCGCAAAGGGCGAGCAGCCGGGCCAUUCGGUCUUUGUGCUCGGCGGGAAACUGACCGGUGUUGGUGACGAGGGCAAGGUUUAUCACAGUUAUAGCAGCUAUGCGCGCGGUGGCGAGCCCAUCAUCAACACCUUUACCUGGCUUGACAUGACUCUUUUGGGCAGGCAGGAUGGGCUCAGCGGCGAAGGCGGGUUGGGUUUCAAGAGACAUGAUGAGUAUACCCCCGAGGACUUGAGGGGGCUGCCUAUCGCCAAGAUUGGUGCUUGA